AUGGAUUGCCCUCACGGCUUCCACAAAUGCCACCUACCAGACCCCGUGGACGUAUACAACGUAAGAUGCGCUCUAGCAGAAAUCAACAAAUCCACUCACAUCAACUUCAGCGUUUCCGAAGCCCUCAAGAUUCUACGAGAGCACGUCAGUCAUGACCAGAACGUCAAUCAUACGACUGAGAUGAUCCUCAUCUUCGUCUACACCCUCCUCAUCAUCUCCGGACUAUCGGCCAAUCUCAUCAUUAGUUUCGUGGUGGCUCGUAAGACGCAGAUGCAUUCACCGAGGAACAUCUACAUCGUGAACCUCACUAUCUCUGACAUGAGUUUAUGUGUCGUCUGCAUGCCGUUCACCGUGAUAUCUAUAGUGCAGAGGCAUUGGGAUCUUGGGCUGAACUUGUGCAAGCUGGUGCCAGCGCUGCAGGGUGCUAACAUACUGGUGUCGGUGGGAACGAUAACUGUCAUCGCGUUGGACAGGUAUUUCACUAUCGUCUGUGGCCAAGAUGGACAAAGUACUAGGAAAAGGGUUUUGACAUCUAUAAUAGUUCUUUGGAUUAUUUCUGGUGCGGCUACCUCCCCAAUAUUUUACUUCCAGGUAUUUUACAUUAAACCACAUUGUUUAGUUAUAGAUUAA